GCGGCAUUCUCUCCGAGACGACACUGGAAACACAUCAAAACAAAAGGCUAAAAAAUUAAGUUAGAAGAACGAACAUUCAAAUGAAAAAAAAUAAUGACAACCACCAAGUUUGAAAUUUACGAGUAUAAUAUAUCUUCCUAGCCGUGCUUACUUACUUGAAUUGCAGCUGAAGGUCUAAGGAAGGGACAGACAUCGUAAUUCGUCAUGCAUUUCAACGAUUCCAACCCUAUAGGAUGCCUGCAGGAGCGAAUGCAGAAAGAUGGACUGGGGUUUCCUGUUUACAAAGAGGUCACAGCUAUCGGACAGGAUCAUUCCAAGGAAUUUAUAACUCAGGUUAGUUUAAGCAACGGAUUACUGGCAGAGGGCAGCGGAGCGACCAAGAAGGCUGCUAAACAUGCCGCUGCCAAGGCUAUGCUGAACAUUCUUGACGGCAAAGCAAAGGCGGUAACUAAUGAUGUUCGUGAAUCUAUCGAUCACGGGCUGGCGGCGCUGCGUGGUGACGCUGGUCCAAGUGGGCUGGAUUUAGGAACCGGUUCCAGUGUUGGCAAACCGGUUCCAGGGAACAGUUCGCUUGCUUCGUCGCCGUUCUUCUUAGAUUUAACACAACAGAACCUUGGACUGAAUGAAGAGGCUCGGAUCAGAAAACAGAAUAAAGAGAAGAGGAGAAAGAAGAAUACGGGAGCUUACAUUCCUCCGAAUAUAAAGGAGACCACUGUCCAGUCCUCGUCAGCCUGGAUUAAAGAGAUGUUGAUGGAGGAGGUUAAUCUGGAGAUUGACCGACAGAGACUAGCCAAGGAACCUCAGGCUGAGGAGAUCUGUAAACUGUGUAACCUGGUGUUUAUUAAUGAGAAGAUGUGCAAGAAGCAUAAGAAGGGAGAUUUCCACAGCAGGGUCCAACAGGGCGAUUUUCCUGGUAAAGGUGGAUUCCACUGUUUUCUCUGCUGGGUUAAUUAUCUUCAGCCUGAGAACCUGCUCAAUCAUAUUUCCAGGCCUAAUCACCAGGACAGAGCUAAGAAAGAAGGAGUUCUUAAGAUUUGGAUGGAACCGGCUCCACUUGUUCCUACUUGGGACACAAUAAAGAUGUUUUCAGAACUCAGAUCUAUGGCUGAAGAAGAGGAAAGAAAAUGGGGACCAAGGUCUGGAAGUAGAAGUCCGCCGAGGAGAAAGAAACCAAGAGGACGAUCUCCAGAUGCUGAUAUAAAGGAGGGAGUAAGAGGAGACUGGAGAUUGGGUAGAGAGAAAACAUCGCGUGAAGUAGAAAGAAUAAAACAAAGAGAGCGGGAGGAAAGACGCUAUGCAGAACGCCAGCUUCGGCUGAAGCGGGAGCGAGACGAGAGAAUGAGACAGGAAUGGAACAGGAAAUUAUUGGAGCGGGACGAAAUGCGGGAAAGACAGCGCGAGACCGAGCGGCGGAGACGGAUCAAGGAAGAGGCAUACUGGAGAAAGAAGGAGGAGCAGGAGUGGUUGACCUGGAGGGAGAGGGAGGAUCGACGAAUGAGAGAUGAGCUUGCCUGGAGGGUGAGAGAGGAUCAAGAGUGGAGGGAGCGAGAAGAACGAAUGUGGCGGAUGAAGGAAAGUGAACUGUAUCAUGGGGAAUCAAGCUUCUUUGACACAAAACUAAGAUCUUCGAGAUCUAGUCACAGAGAAAAAUCUAGAACACGUAAGUCCUCCAAAAGAUCCAGAGAUGAAACAGAUUCUGAACUUGAAGAAGGGGAGUACGUGGAAAUAAAGCAGGAAAAAUCAAAAAAGGUUAGUUCAUCCCGCAAAGAUGGUCGAUCAAAAAGAAGACUUAGACCGGAAAGAGAAAUGAGCGAAGAACCAGAAAGAAAAAUACGUAUGGUGAGAAGCCCCAUCAACACAGGCAGGCGCGGUGAAUCAGAUCUCAGAGAAAUGCUAAGAAAAAGAUUUAAAACAAAAUCCUCAACCAGGUCCAGGUCCAGGUCCAGGUCAAGAUCUUCUUCGGCAGCAUCGUCAUCAUCUUCUAGUUCAUCCUCUUCGUCCUUUUCAGAUGCAAGUUCCCCACCUCCCCCCAAAUCUACUAAAAAGAAGAUGAAGAUGAAGGAAGAAAGGGGAGGAGGAAUAAAGAAGAAAGAAGGAAGAUUAGGAAUGAAGAAGAAGAGUGGAAAAGCUACUGGUGAUAAACUGUUAAAAGUCCGUAGUGCUAUUCUAGGUAUAUUGGACCAGGAAAUUAAUACGUUAACAAAGCUGUAAAAAUUUGUUUAGAUUUUUUGUAAACUAAUAAGUAGUGAUAAUAAUUACUUUUCCAUCAUCUUAGAGGGAACGAAAUUAAUUUGUCUAUUUCUUAGUGUUUUUUGAUUAUGUAAAAAGGAAUAUUUUUGUUCAAUAAAUUUUGUUAUUUGCCUCAUU